CUCCGAUGGUUCCAUUUGGAACCGCGACAUCUCCAUGGCGGAUACCGUACGAGGCAAAGCGACCCGAUGGAGGCGAGGGAAGACGAGAGAUAGCUUCCUUCGCGUUUACGCGAAGCAAAGGAAAGCGCCCUCUUGCGCUCCCUCGCCUCCUCUCUCCCCCACCCGUUCUUCUGUAAGCUUAGCCUCGCCGCAGGGGGAGAAAGGGAAGCAGCCGUCAUGGGGGUUUCUCGAACAAGAUCGAUAGGGAGCGGCCUGUGCCCGUCGAUCAUAUAUGUUCUUGGAGAUCCGGCUACAUCUACCUGAAUCACGAGUUAAAAGCAUAUCGGGCCGUGACAUAUGGAACCUAGCCUCGCUUCAAGGGGAGAUAGAGGAGGAGCCAGCACAGGGGUUUUCUCCAACAGGAUCGAGAGGGAGCAGCUGGUUCCCGGCGAUCACAUCUAUUCAUGGAGAUCCGCCUGCAUCUACGCCCAUCAUGGGAUAUAUGUGGGGGAUGGCAUGGUGAUUCACUACACAGGGGCAGCAGGACAGGAAAUUGGAACAGGAACUUUUGUAAACCGAAUUUUCUCCAUCUCCUCCUCUCCAUGGAGGAAUUCCACACCUGUUUGUGAAAGGUGUGGUGUUGAUCAGAGCAGACAAAAUGGAGUAACCAAAUCAUGCCUUGACUGCUUUCUCGCUGGAUUUAAUCUCUGCCUCUUUCGUUACUCCGUAACUCCAGCUUUCUUCAUCACUCAAGCUCGUGGGGGAACCUGCACGCUUGCAGUUUCAGAUCCCCCCGAAGUCGUCCUCCAUCGAGCACGAUGUCUCCUCGGUAACAAUGGAUUUGGCACGUAUAGCUUGUUCAACAACAACUGUGAGGACUUUGCCAUGUAUUGCAAAACCGGGCUGCUGGUGGAUGCAUCUUCCGGUGGCGCCACACGAAGUGGGCAAAUAUCGUCCCUUGCAGCUGCAAUGACUCUGGUUGCAUCAUCUCCUCUUGGGUUCUUGGCAACAGGCGGCGGUGGCCUGGUGGUGGCGGGUGCCAUGUACAGUAUCAGUCGGUAUCUAUCUGAUAUCAGCAUCAGGUGGGAUGUCAUUAAGAUCCCUGUCGAAACCUUGGUUGCCCAAUUGCCGACGGGCAACCCCGGAGCUGCCAGCUAAAGCAGAACACGACCUUUGUUUGUGUUUUGAGAAACCAUGGAAGGCGUGUGUUGUUCAAAUGAUAUAAAUUUCGGUGUUCUACAAUUAGAAUUAGAAAUUUGGAGUUUUAUUUUUGUUGUAUCAUCCAUCAAGCAGAUACUCUUGGAGUCGCAAUCAAAAUUUCUACUAUCGAUCCAUCACUCCAAA